GCAGUCAAAACACUGCAGAAACUGCCAUUGUUUUCUAUUCCAAAACGGAUGUGUCCAGCGGGGGAGAAAGAAAGAACUCAUAAUUGCUGCUAAACAUGGUUUCCGUCUUUAGUUUGCAUCCCAAACAGGAUGCAGGAGCAUGAAUGUUAGUUUCAGACCCACGCCACUUGUUUUUAGCUACGAAUGGAGAAUCACAUAUUGGUCAUAUUUUGCCCUAAAACUCCCAGGGACCUGCUGGAUAUGAACUGAUUUGUUGAUCUCUAUGGCAGUUAUGUUGUUGAUUUUUCUACUGCUGCUCAUCAGUAGCUUGGAGGGUGUCUCUGGAGCUGAACAUGAGACACUGUGUACCUCUAACGCCUGCUUCACCCUGCAUAUGGACAAGGGGAGCUUUGAGAAAGCCCAGCAAAGCUGUGUCCACAAAGGGGGUUACCUGAUGACAGUGAGAGACAGAGGAGAAGAGGAUGUGCUGCGCUCGCUUCUCUCACAGAUCCAAAGACAACAACAGAACUGGGUACUUAAAUUUUGGAUUGGAUUAAAACUGCACAGAGGUGACUGCGUGUUAUCUGACAAGACUCUCAGGGGGUUUAAGUGGGUAUCCGGUGAGGAAGACUCACACUACUCCAACUGGGAAAAAGAACCAGUCACCACAUGCACAGAGGAGAGAUGUGUGAAGGUUCAUUACACUUCAUCAGGAGAGAACCAACUGAAAUGGAGUGCUGGACCCUGCAAAAAAACCCUGUUUUAUGCAUGUAAGUUUUACUUUAAAGGAAUGUGUAAACCUUUGGCUCUGUUGGGGCCUGGACAAAUAACCUACGUAGCUCCCUUCUCAGAGGAGAAGGGAGUCGAAAUCAUUUCAGCAGACGAAAUAAUCUCAGCAUACGUUCCACUCGGAACGUAUGCUGAGAUUUUAUGUAGUGACCAACAGAUUCACUUCUCUAUGUGCAUGAGGAUAGAUGACGUCUAUCUCUGGAAAGUGCCUGGCCCGUUUUGCAAAGCGGGAAGGCAAAACUGUGCGAUCAACAAUGGCGGAUGUGAACAUUUGUGCCAUCAGGAGGCAGAUGAGGUUCGAUGUUAUUGUAAAGAGGGUUAUAGCCUGAUUGAGGAUAGAGUCACUUGCAGGAUGAAUGACUUGUGUGGCAUUGACACCUGUGAGCAUCAAUGUGUAAUGAGUGAGUCCGGAUAUUCCUGCAAGUGUCCAGACGGCUUUAGACUGGAUGCAAACCAGCGCAACUGCUCUGACAUUGAUGAGUGCCAGUCACAAGCAUGUGAGCAUCAUUUGUGUAAAAAUACUCAUGGCAGUUAUACUUGUGUGUGUAAAGAAGGCUACCAAAUGGUUAACGGUAAAUGCAGUGAUGUUGAUGAGUGUCUUCAACUGAGAUGUGACCACAGCUGCUUUAACAGUAUUGGAUCCUUCUCUUGUCAAUGCAAUGAGGGCUUCACCUUAUCCGAGGAUGGCCGCUCAUGUGUGGACAUGAACGAAUGCGUCAGUAAUCGCUGUCAGUUCAAAUGUGUCAAUACUUUUGGUAGCUUCUUCUGCACCUGCCCGCAAGGCUUUCACGUGGAGAGCGAUGGUUCAACUUGUGCACCAGAUUUAACAGACACACCAACUGCUUCAUCAGAUGACCCACCUGAGGAGGAAACACAAGAAAACUUCACAGAGGCUUUAACCAGAACUACAGUUGAACUCCAGCACCAGUCCCCACACACUGAUGCACCUCUUCCUGACCUGGUGAAUGACACAAACAGUGAUCAGCAGGGCAACACAUCCUUGGUGACAACAUUUGCCAAGACAGUGAAUUCAAAAGUGCUAAUCUGUGCUCUCGGUUCAGUCAUUCCUCUGCUGUUUUUGGUCACAGUGACUCUGGCAAUUGCAAUUUUUCGAUGCAGUCGCUCCAAAAAAGAGGCCAAGAAAAACACAACUACAGAUGGCUACUGUUGGGUUUCCUCUGGUUUGGAUCCCCGUUUAGAGAAACUCUAUGAGUCCAUCUUGACUGAUGACCUAUGACCUGACAGUGAUGGAGAAGACUGACUGACUACAUGGAUUGUUACGUUUAUUUAUGUAAUUUAUGUUCUUGAAAUAUCUCUAGGUUAGGCUGCAUGUUGUUUUCAAAUUAUUAUAUAUCACAAAUCAGAGAAAACUUUAUUGUCUGUCAGAAAGUAUUUUGGCUUGUACAUAGAGUAGAAACAGAGAAGGGGGAAAAACAGUGAAAACCAAUAUGCUGAAAUUGGCAACAAGCAGCAGAGAGCAAAUAUGUGUAUGUGUUUGUUGGUGGAGGGGAUGUGAGGGACAAGUUCAGCAGUUUUAAUUGGGUCCCACGUGGUACCAGCAAGUUUGGGUUUGAGUUGAGUGAGAAAGAUACAGAGAGAAAGAUGUAAUUUUGAAAGUGAGCAGGAUAAAUCAACUAAUUUUGUAAUGUGUCUUUUCAUAACUGCCUACAUUUUCUUCUAAUUCACCAACAGACAUGUUCGAGGUAAUGUAUGCAUGCCUGUUCACUAAACCUGCAAUCAGCUUUUGGCCCUGGGACAUGUUGUCUUCACUGCAUCUUUCAUGUGACGCCAAAUGAUUAUAUGUUAUAUCCAUACCUCAUCGGGGUGUUUUUUUUUUUUUUUUGUUGUUUGUUUUGUUUUUGUUUUUUUUUCUUUUGGUCACUUGGGGGCACCAUAUUCACAAAAAGUAUCAUCACCUUUAAAGUUGAUAAGGCAAAUCUGUGGCUUACACACACCAGUUAUGGAACAGCAAUAUCAUUUAUUUGGAGUCAUAUUUCUGAUCAUCUUAUGUAUCUUAGUCCAUAAUACUGAAUCACUUUUAGCUCUGUUUUUGCUCUCUACCAACCCAUGAAAUAAAUAUUUUCCUCUUAGCUGCUA